AUGGACCCCCGAAGGGCUCGAGAUCCCCGUCUCGUACGAGCAGAUCCCCGGUUACUACGUGUUCAGCCAGAUCCAACACCAACACCAACGCCUCCCCCUCAAUAUCCUCCACCAUCUCAUUCUGGAGAGAAUGGCUCUGGCUCAGCGCUUGUGGCGUUGACUUCCCAAAUACAACCGAACAAUACAGUUGAAUACAGUCAAAUGCCGGCGCAAAAUUCCCCACCAACAUCUCAAGAUAAUGCUGUAACACUUGGGUACAAACCCCGCCCCUUGUUCUGUGUCGUCUGUGCGAGUAAUCAAAACAGGUCUAUGGAAGGGCAUUCUGUCCUAUCUAAAGCAGGAUUUCGGGUGAUAUCGUCCGGUACCGGAUCUGCUGUACGAUUGCCAGGCCCGUCAAUAGACAAACCCAAUACAUACGCCUUUGGAACACCUUACAAUACCAUCUUCGAAGAGUUAUCCUCGAAAGACCCUAGGCUAUAUUCCGCCAAUGGUGUACUUCAAAUGAUUGACCGUAAUCGACGGAUUAAAACAGCACCCGAACGAUGGCAGGAGAGCCGGGCUGUUGCAGAUAUCGUCUUUACCUGCGAAGAACGUUGUUUUGACGCUGUUUGUGACGACUUGUUGUCAAGAGGGGGAGAGUACAAUCGUCCAGUUCACAUUAUCAACAUUGAAAUUAAGGAUAAUCACGAAGAGGCUCUCAUUGCAGGAAAAGCAAUGCUGGAUCUGGCCACAGCUAUUGAAGCUGCGGACGACAUUGACGAUGAGAUUGACCAUAUCCUAGAAGUACAGGAGGAAAAACAUCCGCACAGCUUAUUGCAUGCUGUUGCAUUCUACUAG